GUCUGGUGGGUGGCAGAGUUCAGCUCCCUGGAGGGGUUAGGAGGGACGUCCCAAGGAAAGGUGUUGGAGGACAGAGUGGCGGGUGACAUCGGGAGAAAGCGCCUCCGAGCUGUCUCAGGGGAUCGAAGGUUGGGGGGGAACAGCUCUGAUCUCCAAUAGGUAGCCCACUGUGCUGGCUAGGGAGGUAGUUGUUGGCACCGGGCCUUGGUAGGCAGGGGACGAAGUCCUCGCAGAGGUAGGGGGAGGCUAGAGGAAGUAGUUGGGCCUGAACUUGGCACUGUGCCUGACACAAGGGCUGGUGCAUCCCCCCAGCCUUCAGCUUUGCCUUCUGAGGCCACUUCUCAGGGGUAGGGACUCUUCCUCUCCUCCAACUUUAGUUCUCUCUGACCCAUGUACCUGUGGCGAGGAAGGGGAGAUGAAUCAGUGUCUGAGUCUAGGAGAACCCAAAUGCUGCUGAUAGUUCAUCUUAGUUUCUGGGAAUUGCAUUUAUUUCCCUAGUGUCCACAUAGGGGUAGCACAAAACUCCCUUUUAUCCUUGCAUCUUUGAGUUGUUGGUUUGGAGUCAGCCUGUCUUUCAGACUGACUGCUGGCUGUCAAGGAAUUCUUGAGCUUUCUACAGUUCCUUGGUGGCUGCACCCUCACUGGCUCCUGUAACCUGGACAAUUUGUUUACAGAAAGUUCAGGAGCCCUGGAAAGGAGAAGGCAUAAGACGACAGGAGGAAGAGAGAGAGAGGGUAGAAUGGAAGAAUCUCACUUCAAUUCUAACCCAUACUUCUGGCCUUCUAUCCCCACAGUCUCAGGACAGAUUGAGAACACAAUGUUCAUCAACAAGAUGAAGGAUCAACUGUUGCCAGAGAAGGGCUGUGGGCUGGCCCCACCUCACUACCCCACCUUGCUAACAGUGCCUGCCUCAGUGUCUCUGCCCUCAGGCAUCAGCAUGGACGCAGAGUCCAAGUCAGAGCAGCUUACCCCACACAGUCAGGCAUCUGUCACCCAGAAUAUCACAGUGGUCCCGGUGCCGUCGACGGGACUGAUGACUGCUGGUCCUGGUUUGGUAAUCACAUCCCCCUCAGGCUCUCUUGUGACCACAGCCUCAUCAGCUCAGAGCUUCCCCAUUUCGGCUCCCAUGAUUGUCUCAGCUCUUCCCCCUGGCUCACAAGCCCUGCAGGUGGUCCCUGAUCUCUCCAAGAAGGUAGCAUCCACCCUCACUGAGGAAGGAGGUGGAGGUGGUGGUGGAGGUGGCACUGUGGCUCCUAAGCCCCCACGGGGCCGCAAGAAGAAGCGGAUGCUAGAAUCAGGGCUUCCUGAGAUGAGUGACCCUUACGUCCUCUCCCCUGAGGAUGACAAUGACCAUCAGAAAGACGGCAAGACUUACAGGAGCGAAGGGAACUGCGCCACAGGAAAUGGACAGAGCCUUGGGCUCAUGGAUUCAGUUCCCGGCUCCACCACGAACUUGCUGUGUGACCCUGGGUGCCGGAUGUGCUCCCUGACAUUCUACUCAAAGUCGGAGAUGCAGAUCCACUCCAAGUCACACACCGAGACCAAGCCCCACAAGUGCCCACACUGUUCCAAGACCUUCGCCAAUAGCUCCUAUCUGGCCCAGCACAUCCGUAUCCACUCAGGGGCCAAGCCCUACAGUUGUAACUUCUGUGAGAAGUCCUUCCGCCAGCUCUCCCACCUUCAGCAGCACACCCGGAUCCACUCCAAGAUGCACACGGAGACCAUCAAGCCUCACAAGUGCCCACACUGCUCCAAGACCUUCGCCAACACCUCUUACCUGGCCCAGCAUCUUCGUAUCCACUCGGGGGCCAAGCCCUACAACUGUUCCUACUGCCAGAAGGCCUUCCGCCAGCUCUCCCACCUCCAGCAGCACACACGAAUCCACACUGGUGAUAGACCAUAUAAAUGUGCACACCCGGGCUGUGAAAAAGCCUUCACACAACUCUCCAAUCUGCAGUCCCACAGACGGCAGCAUAACAAAGAUAAACCCUUCAAGUGCCACAACUGUCAUCGGGCGUACACAGAUGCAGCCUCACUGGAGGUGCACUUAUCUACGCACACGGUGAAGCAUGCCAAGGUGUAUACGUGCACGAUCUGUAGUCGGGCAUACACAUCGGAAACGUACCUUAUGAAACAUAUGCGCAAACACAACCCUCCUGAUCUCCAGCAACAAGUACAGGCAGCAGCGGCAGCAGCAGCAGUGGCCCAGGCCCAGGCCCAGGCCCAAGCCCAAGCCCAAGCCCAAGCCCAAGCUCAGGCCCAAGCCCAAGCCCAAGCUCAGGCCCAAGCCUCCCAGGCAUCACAGCAGCAACAGCAGCCACAGCCACCGCAUUUCCAGUCCCCUGGAACAGCUCCCCAGGGUGGGGGUGGUGGGGAUAGCAACCCCAACCCUCCACCCCAGUGCUCCUUUGACCUCACCCCCUAUAAGACAUCGGAGCACCAUAAGGACAUCUGCCUCACUGUCACCACCAGCACCAUCCAGGUGGAACACCUGGCCAGCUCUUAAGAGGUCCAUACUGCCAUCCACUGGGAAGAGAAGAGUUCUGGUCCCUUCUUUCUCCAACCUCUCUUGGUGGCCAAAGUCCUCUCCCUGGACAUGCCUCAGUUCUGUUUUCUUGGGCCUCAGGCACAGCUCUCCUUCACUGCAGACCAUCUUUAUUCUCAACUCGUCAAAAGGAACAUCAGCCCUCUGAUUGGCAAAGGAAUACUGAGCUGAUAGUGUCGUCAGAGGCCCCCUCCUGAGAAGAGCUUUUCAAAAUUGGGGGCUGGUGCUCACAGGAAGGGUUUGCUGUGACCUCACAGAACUUGCCUGUUAAGGGCACUUAACCUCUCCAUUGCCUCCUCAUCCUGAGUUUGGGGUGACCGAAGACAAGAAGGUGACUUCCUCAGAUAACAGAAGGGAGCAUUGUGUGCAACCCACCUCCAGUCCUGUGCUUGCCUUCAGAAGAACAGUGGUUUCUUGUUUGCUCUAGCUUAAGAGCCCUUCUCUUCCCUACAGUCUCACUCCACUUCCUACCUACUUGUAGGAGAUUUGGGUGGGUACUAGACCUUUUGUUUAUAUGGGGCAAGGGCUGAGAUGUGGUCCCCAAGGGGCCAGUGAUUCCCCCAGGUGGUCGAGGGUUUGUUGGAAGUGUGGGUUAUGGUUUUCCUCGGAUCCCCUUCCUCCUCCUCUGCCCACCAAGUCCCUGCACUCCUCUCCAUGCACCAGCCCCAGAGCAGUGGAGCUUUGUGCUUUCUGUGAGGCCCAAGGACAAGAGUGUUGUGGAGAAGGGACAGUUCAGGGCAGACACAGGACUGGAUAUAGCUCCCGAGGUGCCACGGUCAGAUGCCGGACACGGAUUUAUA